AUGGCGAAUAAUAAUGAUGAUGAAUAUAAUCAAUUUCUUCAAACACAUCAAUUACAACUUAUUUUUAAUAAUAUACCCAGACAUCUUUAUAGACGUUUGUAUGAGAAAAUGAAAAAUGAAAUAUUUGAUAGUGGAUCAUAUUUUCAAUUAUGUCCAAUUGAUGAUGAUGAUGAAUUAGAAAAACCAUAUAAUCCUGAACGUCGAUAUUAUGUUUCGACACUUAGAGAUGUUGUACUCGAUCCAGAAAAAGAUGAAAAUGCAAUAUUUCUUAUUGAUCAUGCUUGGACAUAUAGAAUAAAAGAUGCAAGAAAUGAUUUAUAUUCGAUUUCAAAUCUAUAUGAACGUAUGACAUCAUUAAUGAAUAUUAAUUCUGAUUUGAAAGAAGAUGGAAUUGAACUUAUAUUACAACGUAUGUGGAAAUUUAAUCAAUCUUAUACAUUAACAUCAACACAAAUUGAUCCACAAUUAGAUACAGAAGUAGCACAAGAACCUUAUUGGUAUAUAAUGGAUGAAUUAGGUUCAUCAAUACGUCAUUCAGAUACGAAUGCUAAUGUUUAUUGUACAUCAUUUUUUUUCGAACCAACUCAAACAAUGUUUACAUUACUUUAUCCAAUUGUUCGUAUUGAACAACCUUACAGUGAAAUCUUUCGAAAUUUUGUCUAUGAUAAUAGUAGUACAUUGGAUCGAAAUAUUAAAUUAUUGCCAUGGCAACGUGUUAAUUAUCGUAAAAAAGUUCUUCGUAGUUUAACAAUCGAACAUUGUCCAGAAAUAUUUACAAAAAAACUUCAAAAUAAUACAGAAAUAUUUGAAGAAUGUCAUAAAAAUGAUCUUUAUGAUAGAUCGACAAUUCUAAUUGAACCAACAAAAUUUGAUAAAGAUCAUAUUUUAAAAGUUUACACUGAUCAAGAUCUGAUUAAACAAUAUUUAACUGAUCAACAUUAUCAAUUAAUAGAUAAUUAUGGUCAAGCUGAUAUUAUAUUUCUUAAAAAACAAAUUCAAGAUUUUCGUUUUGAAACAUUACAUAAUACGUUAAUUAAUCAAUUUCCAUUUGAAAAUAUCAUAACAAAUAAAGAAUUAUUAGCAUUAGUUUCAAGAAGAUGGAAAUCGUUAUACAGUUCAUCAGCAGUUGAAAAUGAUCCAUAUAUUGAUUCACAUGAAAGUCCACCAUGGUUACCAACGACAUUUGUUCUAACAUAUGAAUUGCCACAAUUUGCUGUUUAUUUUCAAUAUCGUGAAGAUCAGAAAAUAGAUAAUACUUGGAUAGUUAAACCAAUCAAUUUAACACGUUCAAUUGAUGUAUCAGUAACGAAUUUAAUUGAUACGGUUAUUCGUUUACCAGAAUCUGGCUCGAAAAUUGCUUGUAAAUAUGUAUCAACACCAGUUUUACUUAAAAUACCUGAUAUUGAAGGUGGUGAGGUAAAAUUUGAUGUUCGCUAUAUAUUACUUUUACGUAGUAUUCGACCAUUAAAAUUAUAUGUUCAUAAAAUUUUUUGGCUUCGUAUUGCCAAUAAACCAUUUUCAAUGAAACAGCUCGAUAAUUCAUAA